GACCAGGAGGUAAAGGAACUACCCUCUAGCGAGAUCUACAGAAUGUUCGAAGAUAAUGUGCACAGUGCUGAUUGUACUCCUAAACGAAGUUUAGAAAGUAUACUAUGGAAGCAUCCUUUUUUUGGAAAACAUAAGAACAAAAUUGUAAAAAAUUGGUGUCGCGCAUUAACAAUGAAGGAGGACAGUACAUUAUACAAUGAACGUUGUGCUUUUCUAUACUAUUGGAUAGGUAGUAAAGUAAAGGGAGCAUUCGAUAGUUUCCUCUUCCCAACUAUGACUAAGGUACUUUACGACUAUUUGAAGCAAUACGGGUUUAGUGGUGGAAAAAUAAUAUAUGAUUACUCCCACAACCAUAAAACUAUAGAAGAACAAUUAGAGAAAAGUGGCAAAUUCUGCAGGAAUAAAUAUUGCGAUUACCUGAGGGAAGUUGAGGAGGCUUUCAAAACAAUAAAGCGUAUUAACAAUAGUAGCAGGGAUGAGUAUUGUACCCAUCUUAUAGAGGAAUAUGGGAAAUAUUUUGAUCAGCAGGGGGAUUUAAAUUUGGAGUACCAAGACGCAAAUACGUAUAAACAUGCAUUAGUUAUGGAGGAAGAACUUGAAGACGAAGAACAUGAUAAGGAUGACGAGGAAGAAGAAGUUGUUACGCAAACUAUGAGGGAUGGACUUCUGAUAGGUUUCCAUUCGAAGGAGGGACUAACAGCAGGGACCAGGCGUGAGUCAGUAGAGCCAUUAGCAUCUGAAGUAAUCUCCCCUGAAACCAACACCACCUCCCCAUCUAAGAAAAACUCUGUCGGGUCUUUUGCUGCUGCCACGUUGGGAAUGACAUCCAUUAUUUUCCUCCUAUACAAAUUUACUCCCCUAUAUUCCAGGAUAAAUACCUUCCUCGGAAGGAGUAACAACAGCAAGAGUAAAAGAAGAAGGUCAGUUGAGCAUAAUUUGUAUAUAGAAAGUGACGACACAACACAAUAUUCCACUGAAAGUUCCACACUUGUUUCAAUGGAAGAGUUUACAACGGAAAAUUCUACAAUAUGUUCAUCCCCAAACACUACGCAGUCUAAGGGAAAAAAUCGUAAAAAUCAACAAACGAAGAAUAUAAGUUAUCAUGCAAUGUAA